AUGACAACUUUGGUGGAACUGUUCAACGAGGCAGCACGUAGUGAACUGAGGAAGAGAGUUGUUGUUUGUGAUGCAGACGCCGAAUGGACACUGGGUGAACUGGACUUACUUUCUGACUCUCUGGCAAAAUUCUUCAUCGAGAAAUAUGGUGCCAAGAAGGGAAACUGCAUUGGAAUUUAUAUGAACAAGUGUGCUUACUAUGUUCUUGCGUAUACUGCUGCACUUAAAGCCGGAUGUGCAUAUUUGCCACUGGACAUUUCAUAUCCACAAACACUGCUCACUGAAAUUCUCAAAGAAAUUUCGCCGGUCGUGAUUUGUUCCACUGCUGACCAUGUUGCACGUUUGCCCGGUAAAUUUUAG